CCAUCAGAGUGGGAAUAGAAAAUGGAGGGUUGACCGAGAAAAUUACGAGGACAUAUGUCAUCGGUAGUUCUAGCCUGUAGAUCCAGUAAGGGUGUGCAAUGACUGAUGAUUGAUAAGUUGAAGCCCUUAUUUCAUGUGAAGAAGUACUCAUUCACCCGACAGUUGCAUCAGAAGAGAAUAAAGAGAAGACAGAAAUUCCAGAGCAAGGCGAGAAUGCUGCUGAGGUGAAGCAAAGGGAACCUGAAAAAUCUUCCAAGGCCACAAGUAACAUAAGGAAAACCUGGGGUUUCCGUCGGACCACCAUUGCUAAGAGAGAGAUGCCAGGGGAAGCAGUAAGUGAGUGCCCUGAAAACCCCUGCCCUGUGCGCCGUAGUGGCAGGCAGCCAAAACGUACUGACAAACUGGAGGAGUUCCUCUCCACUACCAAAAGGGGGGCAAGAAGGAGUGCCCCUCCCUGCCUGGAGAGCAACGAUCCCCCUUCUCAAACCCCAACCGAUGCAGAGACUGCCUCAGAGGCCAGCUUUGAUGGUAACGCAGACACAAAGACCAUUGAUGACAAGGCUGAAUCCCCAGAGAGGAGGACAAGGAGCAGUGCGAGGAAGCAGGUUGUGGUGAAAGCUCGGGGCGGCAGACAGAUUCGAGGAGGAGGCGGGGGGACUGUCAAAGAUGACGGAAGCUCUGAGAAUGAAGAGGUUGGCAUUGGAGAGGCUGCAAAGAAGUCUAAUUCACAAGACAAAGAAGAAAAGAAACAAGAUGAAAAGGUAGAGGCCAGUCCCAAAGAGUUAGUUAGCCAAGACGUUUCAAAUUCUCAGCCAGAGCAGGACUCUGAUAUGAUGGAGGUACUGGAGGAGAAAACAGAGCAAGAAGAUGAAAACAAUGAAGGGGAAGUGAAUCAAGAGCUGGAAGAAGAUGAGGAGGAGAAUGACGACAAGCCGCUAGCAACUCUUUCAAAGCGCACACCAGUACGAACUUAUACUAAUAAAAAAAAGGCUGCUACUAAGACCACUGCCACUGGCAGUAAAACUCAAACUCCUGUUAUUAAAGGCUGCAGUCCUGUCAAAAGGGAAACCAAGCCUAAAGCACUACAGCCUGCUCCAAAGACCCGUAAGUCACAGACAGAUGAGGAGAAUGAAGACGAGGAUGACUCUCUGACAUCCACAUCCUCAUCAUCCAGUGAUUCAGAAAAUGGAGGUUAUGACCCCAAUGCGCUGUAUUGCAUCUGUCGCCAGAAACACAACAAGAGGUUUAUGAUCUGCUGUGACCGCUGUGAGGAGUGGUUCCAUGGUGACUGUGUAGGCAUCACAGAGGCCCGCGGGCGCUUGAUGGAAAGAAAUGGAGAGGACUACAUCUGCCCCAACUGCACUGCCAAGAAAAAUCAGGUUGUCAAGCCUGCCACAGCUUUCUUUGCUGCAGGCAACGAGACUGGUAAGCCCAAAGCUGAUGGUGCUCAACCUGUUCCUGCCACUGAUUCUCCUCCUGUCCAGGGAGCUGAGGUCAAAAAAGCAGACCCUACCCUCUGUCAGUUUGUGGCAGUCACCCAGCCCUCUGCCUCCAUUGGCAAUGAUGAGAAGGGAGGAGAUGACCCAGGCAUCAAAGGGAGGAUAGAGAAAGCCACCAAUCCAACUGGGAAGAAGAAGAUAAAGAUCUUCCAGCCGCAGGCAGUACAGCAGAUGGCUGAACAGAAAGUGGGAUUGAAGUCUCUAGCAUCGGUGGAUAAGAGGACAGCACUGAAAGCGGAUUCGGUACCAAACACAGAGCUGAAAGUAGCAUCAAAUGUGGAGUUGAAGACAGUGGAGGAGCAGAAGCAAGUUCCAAAAGUGGAGGGGAAAGUUGUGCAGGAGGUGGAAGAACUUUCCCUUCCCAAAUGUAUCGGGCCUGGUUGUGAGAAAAAUGCCCAGCCAGACUCUGUCUACUGUGGCAACGACUGCAUCCUGAAGCACGCUGCCGCAGCCAUGAAAUCAAUCACUGACGUCAAAGACCCCAAGCAGAAGGACAAAGAGAGGGCCAAAUCCCAGAAGAAACCUGGCACCAAGUCUACACCCAAGAGGAGUACUGCAAUUGGGAAGAUGACGAAUAAGAAGUCUACGGAGGACGAGGAGUUGGACAGUGAGGAAGAUCACGAUCCUGAGCCAGAUUAUGACAAUGACGAAGAUGACGAGCAUGCCGAGGAACACCCACCACCACCUGCUGCUGCAUCAUGGUCCUGCGACCAUAAUUACAAUGCCGUAACGCCAGAAAAGACUACACCCAUAUCACCAUCAGUGUUAAACAAAAAGUUGCCUCCCAAAGAGGAGAAGCAGAGUGAGAAGGAGCCUAAGGAUAAGGAUCAAGUCCCUAUUGAGAAGUCCUCACCCAAUUCUAAAAAGCCAGGCAAAGGAAUGAAGAAGCUGCCAAGUACCAAAGGAUUGCAUGUUAGCCCAAAGGGCAAGAAGUCUUCUCAAGCCACCGUUUCAAAGUCAUCCAAGAAACCAGCACUGCCUCCCAGUAAAAUGCCACCCAAGUCCAGUAAACCAGGUCCCUCACCUAACUCCAUCCCAUCUCCCUUCCCAGCUGGUCCUGUCCACAUCACAGGAGCACUGAGGGUGACCAAAUCCAAUUUCACUAUUCCUAAGAAGCAGCCCCAGCAAAAGGACACUCAAUCCAACAAUCAGUCCUCCUCAUCCUUCAGAAUCCCAUCUUCUCCAGUUUCCUCAUCCCCCUCCAACCAGUCGUCCUCCUCUAGACCUCCCCAACCAGCAGCUUCUGCUCCCCCCAUGUCUCCUACGCUUCCACCUAACAACCAGAUGAGACAGAACAUCCGUCGCUCGCUCACUGACAUCCUCUACAAGAGGGUGAGUGACAGUGACGAUCUAAACAUGACUGAGAGUGAGGUGGGAAGGCUGGCAGUUGCCAUUGAGAAGGAGAUGUUCAACCUGUGCCUUAACACUGACAGCAAGUACAAGAACAAGUACAGGUCCCUCAUGUUCAACCUGAAAGAUCCUAAAAACAAAGGCUUGUUUUACAGGGUAGUUGGGGCUGAGAUUAGUCCUUUCAGACUGGUGAGACUAAGUGCUGAAGAGUUACUCUCCAAAGAGAUGUCGGAGUGGAGGAAACCUGACCCCUCUGAGGGCCAGACUUCGAGUGCCAGAGCCCAUCCUGGGCAGUCUAAGUCAGGCCACAGACGUGAGUCUGGCCCCCAGAACAUGGAUGUGGAGGAAGCUCCACCAACAUCUGAUGCAGACGUAUGUAUCUCUGCCCCCUCUCCAUCUGCUCGCAUGGGUUCUACUGCAGACCAAGAUGAGUCUAUUUCCACUUCUUCAGUCUCAGCACAAGGCUCGGUUGUAGAAGGGCACAGUAGCGGCAACAUGCCAGACAUUUUCAGCACCAUGCUCAAAGACACUACUGCAGAACACAGAACUCACCUCUUUGACCUCAACUGCAAAAUCUGUACAGGUCAGAAGUCAGAAGAUGAUCCAGCAGCCAAGAAAGCCAAGCUGAUCAAGAAGCCAGAGACUAAGUCUACUAGACACGAGCAUUCCUCCAGGCCUGUGUCAGGAGAUAUCCCACCUGCCCACCAGCCACAGGUUCAAUCAGCUUACCAGCACCAACCGUCCCAGGUCUAUCAGCAUACAGACCCCCAUAUCUACCAACACCAGAUCCCUUCAGCCUACCAGUCCAGCAUAGAGACUCCUGUCCCAGAACCACAGCCCCAAACUCAGCUCUACCAAGAGGACCAUAGCAGUUUGGCACCCCCACCCCAGAUCCCUGUAUCUGUCACCAUGCCCACUGUCUCCUCUGUCAGCAUUACCCGCAGAGAUCCACGUAUGGCCAGGCAUGGCUCUGGUGUGACCGUCACCCACACUGUCCCAGAAACACCCACUGUGAUGCCAAUCUCUGCAGAGUCAACCUUAGCUUCAGUUGCUGGUUCAGUGGAGGUUGGACCCAAGGGGCCACUACCAAUGCCACCAGCCCCUCCACCUUCAAUGACUGUGUCCAAAUCAGCAAAAACUAGUAUAUCAGAACCUCCCCCUGAGGGAGAGACAGCCAUCUUCCUCCAUGGUCAGGAAAAGAUUUGGAAAGGAAUUAUUAACAUGCAGUCCGUAGCCAAGUUUGUCACUAAGGCUUACCUGGUUUCAGGAUCCUUUGAACAUCUAAAGGAGGAUUUGCCAGACACCAUCCAUGUAGGAGGACGAAUAUCUCCAAACACAGUGUGGGAUUAUGUUGGAAAGCUGAAGACCUCAUUGUCUAAGGAGCUGUGUCUGAUUCGUUUCCACCCGGCCACAGAGGAAGAGGAGGUGGCAUAUGUCUCUCUCUUCUCUUACUUCAGCAGUAGGAAGCGCUUUGGAGUAGUGGCUAACAACAACCGCCGCAUCAAAGACCUCUAUCUCAUCCCGCUGAGUGCCAAGGACCCAUUGCCCUCCAAACUCUUACCCUUUGAUGGGCCAGGACUUGAACCUGCACGUCCCAACCUUCUCUUAGGGCUGCUUAUCUGCCAGAAGGACAGAAAAAGGGCUGGUGCUCCAUUGGAAGGUGAGGAGAAAAGGCUCAAGAGCCAAGCCAAAGACACAGAUGACACCAGCCUUCCAAAGCCAUCAGCCCCUGUUAAAGCAGAGAAAGGUGUUCGACAAAGCCAGGAAAUCCCCUUCAGUACAACCCCUCCAGGGUCACCCCCGCCCAUCAGCUCCUCAGAGAUCCCAAGCAGCAGUGUGACUGCUUCCUCUGUCCUCUCCUUCUUGUCUUCUGUCAAAGCACCCCCCGUGUCCGUCCCCACAGGUAAAGACUCCCCAUCUGUUGUUCCUUCAGCAGCCACUGCCUCUCCUCUUCAGACCAUCCUCAACACUCUUUUUAGGAAGAAAAAGAAUGACUCUGAGGCUUCCAACUCUCCCUCUGAUCAGACUGGUGAAGCCUCAAUCCCACCAGCUACAAUCCUGGAUCCCAUUGUCCAGCAGUAUGGACAGAUUUCUGAAGAGAAAGCAGAAGAUGAGGAUGAGGAUGAUCGACCAUAUGACCCAGAGGAAGAGUAUGACCCCAACAGGGGCUACAAUGUACCAAAAAAACCCGUUGAUGUAGUCAAAGAUCCUGAGGUCUCCAAGCAGGUGGAAGGGAAAGUCGGUGAGGUGGAUGACGUAGCGUAUGACCCAGAAGAUGACUCCAUUUUUGAGGAGGUCAAACCUGUACCCCCAGGUCAAGCCAAGAGUGUAUCUGAAUGUAUGACUAUUCUACAAACAGAACAGAGAGGACAUGAACGGGAGGAAACCGUUCACCUGCAAAUUUCAUCCACAGAGACAGCCACCCCACUUUCCCUCACAGACACACUAUUAACACAACCUUCCAAGUCCCUUCUGGCCAACAGUCAGCUACUGCAACUUGGUAAAAAGGUUGAAGAGCUGGUCAAAUCUUCAUCAGUUGCGCCUCUGAUCAACCAGAGAAGAGAUCCCCGGCAGAGCAGGGACCCCCAUCAGGCUGCAGCAAGCAGGAAACAGACCAGUGGGUCUGAGGAGAACCUGGAGACUCCUGCUCCAUUAGCAGAGACCAGUCCUCCUUUAGAGCUUGAGGUUCAAGAACCAGAGUUGCCCAAAGUUGAUGAAGUCGAGAACACAGAAUCCUCACAACUUGAGACACCACUGUCUCAAGAAGAAGAGAAAAGUGAGAUGCUUCCUUUCAUGGAUUCAGACGAGGCAGAGGUGUCAAUUCCCCUAUUAGGGGAGCAGAUGGAACCUGAUAUGGAGGUCAACUAUGUGAAGGAGCCAUAUGUGAAACCCGACGAAGCUGAACCAGCUAGGGCCAAAACUGAGAUGGACAAGUACAGUAUUUGGCCGAAUGCCGCCACCAUUUUAAAAGCUGGUGAGGACUCUAAGUAUGACCAGAGCAGUCAAGAUUCAACCUCUGACUAUUUUAACCAGAGCAGUCAAGAUUCACCCACUGACUACUUUAACAACUCUGCAGAGACUGCCACUGAAACAUCCACAAUCCCAGUGCUUACACAGAGCACAACAAUGGGUGACACUCAUUCUCCCCACAUGUCACAUAGGUCGACAUCAGGCUUCCAAAAUGAUUUUAGACCUCAAGCUGACAUUCUACCACACUCCAGCUUUCCCCCACCUCAGAUAGCACCUCCUCCAAUGCAUAUACAACCUCCAAUGAAUAGGCCACCACCUAUGCCUAUGCCUCCACCCUUGCAAGGUCUCCCUCCGAUGUCAGGCCCCCCACCUAUGCAGGGACCCCCUCCAGCAGUGCAGGUUCCCCAUACUAUACAUGGCCCUCUCCCCAUCCAAGCCGACAACAACCAGCAGUAUGGCCCACCUCCAAGUACUUACCCCCCCUAUCACAACCAGUGGGGAGGCUCCCAGCAGCAGCCACCUCCUGGACCUCCUCCCCAGAAUAUGAUGCCACCCAGAGGACCACCUCCACCUUUCCCACCAGUGGGGCAGCGUGGUCCCCUUCCUCAAAUGUUUGAUCCUUCCAUGCCCCCUCAACACAUUGGCCAGCAAGCCUCCCUUCCAGGCCUCCCUCCACCUCCUACCUUUGAUGGACAGACCAACUUAUCUCAGCAAAGAUUUACUGCCCCCCCACCACCAUUCAAUUUCCCUGGAUCCAGAGUUCCUCCUCCACCAUUCACAGGGCCACCCCCUGGUCAUUUCGAUAACAGGCUUCCUCCUCCGUCCCAUUUUCCUGGUCCCAGGGGUCCCCCACCAGCUCAGUACGGUGACCAUGGGUCCCAGCCCCCAAGAGUAGAUCCACCUCGAAGCUCUGAAAAUCCUAACUCUUUCACACAGGGCAUUGACCAACAUCAGGGUCAUAAUCCUCCCCAUAUGUAUAAAGACAACCAAGUGCUCCCACCAGGCCCUAGUUACAGAGGACCUUUAGCAAACCAGUAUGAGGAAAGAAGAGGCCUACCCUCCAGUGGUGAGAUGGGUGGACAUCACUUCCAUCCACCCAACCAGUAUGGGGGCUCCAGAGCUCACUCUCCUCCCCCGCAUCGGGGGUCUUUUGAUGACCAUAGAGGUCCUCUGCCACAAGAAAAUAGGGUGCCUCCAUCACAGCGUUUUGAAGGGGCAGAUCGUUACCGGCUGGACAGGCGCUCAGAUGAGAUCAGACCCGUUCGUCACAGUGGCCCGUUGCUGCCAACCCCUCCAGAGGGGCCUGUACCUCCACCAAAUCGAAUGGGAGGCCACAGUCCAGAGUUACACAGGGAUGAUCACUGGCGUCGCCACUCUCCAGAUGUAAGAAGGAGCAGCUCAACCCGGGAGGACUCAGAGCCCCGUGGUGGAGACCGGCUCAGUCGCUUUGAUGGAGGCCACCGAGAACCUCCCACAGGCCCCCCACACCUCCCAGAGGAGAGACAGAGGGAAGCGUCUGAAGAUCGACGAAGAGACAGGGAGCGAGAGGGUCCUCAUUCGGGCAGGCCCACAUGGGAUAGGGGCCAGAGCAAGCACUGGAGCCGAGAGCGAGAGUGGGACAGAGGCAGAGAAAGGGAGCGGGACAGCGAGCGCAGCAGAGAGAGAGACCGCAGUAGAGGCCGAGACGGAGAGAGACACAGGGAAGCAGAGGGAGAUAGACACAGGGAUCCGGACACAGACAAGAGGAGGGACAAGGAGAGGGACCGGGACAGAGAAAGGGAGCGAGGAAGGGACAGAGAUCCAGACAGGAGAGAGCAUGAUCGCGAUAGAACGAGGAACCGUGACCGUGACAGGGAACGGGAGCGAGACAGGGAACGAGACAGGAGACGCGACAGGUCCCGGAGCAGAGACCGAGACCGUGGGAAAGACCGGACAAGGGACAGAGAACGGGAGAGGGACAGAGGCCGAGACAAAGACAAAGACCGAGAUCGUCGGGAAAGGAGUAGAAGUAGAGAUAAAAGAGAGGAGAAGAAAGAGAGUAAACACGAUGUCUCUAAAGAGAAUGAAAAAGCUGCUGAGACGGAGAAUGAUAAAAAUGUGUCCUAGUCUCAUUCAUAGGCAGCGUGUCACUGUUAUGAAAGACUUCUGAUCCUUGAACAGUCUGAUUCAUCAAUCUAAAUGUUAGAUGGACUGUAUUUCAAGAACUCUACACAUGGUGUGUUCUUCUACAACACAAAAUGUCUGACAAUAUUUGUAUUCACUUUGGCAUUUGAAAAUCUAUAUCAUUUUAAAACAUUCUAAGAAAUGGAAGGCUGUUUCAUUUGUUUGUGAACAAGGUGUUCAGUAACAUGCUCCGGUAUUCAGUUUUUUUUAAGAGAACCAUAUUCAAAGUAACUGAUCUACACUCACCAUCUGUGUUAUGUAAAUAUGAAUAUAUUUGUGUAUAUACUGAUGUUUUUAAUCAUACUUUUCUAAGUAGAGAAAAUAUAAGCCAUAUAUCCGAGAUGGAUAAUGUCAAAGUUUAAGGAAACACUGCUUAGAUCUGCGACCCUUGCGCAGUACAACUGUAUUCAGCAGCUUCACGCUGGAAGUCCCAAACUACAGUACAGUUCAUUGACGGUUAUGAUUUGAACGUCUCAAGCUUGUUGAAACUAGAACAAUUAAACCUUUUUGACAACAUCUUUGUCAUGUACUUUUGUUGUCAAUAUCAUAAUAUACGUAAAUGCAGAGGUGGAAAGAGUACCCUACAGCCAUACAUGAGUGAAAAUAAAGUCUCGGGAAAAUCACUUUGAUAAAAACUUUGGUGUCUCUGCCUUAGCUCUCUCUUUGCUUAAGCCCUAUUUAUCUGGAAUAACACAUUGUGUCUGCUAUAAUAAUAUCGGAUCGAUCAAAGAGGGUUGAAUCAGUUCAUCUGGAU